CGCAGUACUGGAACAUUAAAAUAAGAAUCAUUCUCGUUGUAUAUAAAAGGAUUGUUUUCAAAAAUAAUCAUCGUCAGUUUACCGAGGAUCGUCAUAGCGAUGGCUUCUAUACGAGAGGUAUUAAUAUUUUCGAUGAUCGUUGCUACGGUCAUUGGACUGCCAUCGAAAAGUCAUCGAGGAUCUCACGGACAUCCAAUACCACCGGAACCGAGAAAUCAAGGAAACUUCGAGGUUGGAUACAAUCACGAAGAAAUCGCAAGACGAAUCAAUUCAUGGAAACCGGAAGAUCCGGAAAAUAUUUGGGAACUGAGUGGUCUUUACCAAGGUGACAUAAUGCUUUCUCCAAAUAAUAAAAUAAGCGGUAGAAAUGGUAUUUUGGAUACUGCGACACGUUGGCCCAACGGCAUAAUCCCAUAUUAUAUCGAGGAGGAAGAUUUCGAUCGUUCGGAUAUCAAGGUGAUAAAAAGUGGCAUAAAGGAGUAUCAUAACAAGACCUGCUUACGUUUCCGUCCGUACAAAGAAUCCGAUACCGAUUACGUACGAAUACAGGGUAAUAGAUCCGGAUGUUGGUCCAUGGUAGGCCGUCAUGGAAAGGGACAGGUAUUAAACUUGCAAGUUGGCGGAUGCGUACGGCACGGUGUCGUCGUUCACGAGCUGAUGCAUGCACUGGGAUUUUAUCACCAACAGAGUGCCGCUAACCGUGACGAAUGGGUCGUAAUACACUGGGACAACAUAAAACCGGGAAAAGAACACAAUUUCAAGAAAUAUGAUCAAGAUACCGUCACGGACUUUGGUUACCCUUAUGAUUAUUCCAGCGUGAUGCAUUAUAGUGCGCAUGCCUUCUCCGCGAACGGCCAAGAAACUAUUACACCUAAGGUCGAAGAUGCAAAAAUCGGACAGCGUAACGGGCUCAGUAAAAUCGACGUGUCGAAAUUACAGGCUAUGUACAGAGACGAAUGUGACAACCGUGAGACAGAGGAAAAUAUUACUAGCGAAUCAGAGGAAGAUCAUUCUUUUAUCUGGACAUUGGAUUAAAAGAAAUAUAUUUAAUCUUAACAGUUUCUAAAUAAAAUAUGAGCUAUUU